AUGCCAGUGUCAGUACAGCUCGAAGUGACCCCUUUGCCAGAACAGCCAUUUGGUGCCACAGUUACAUUGCCCGCAGGGAUCACAGACCCUUCGAAGCUUAGCGACGAAGACUUCAACAAGCUCAGAGAGGCUCUGCAUUCCAAUCUGGUGUUGGUCAUCCCCAACCAGGCUGAUCUGCCCCCAGCCUCACAGCACGCCUUGACUUCGCGCUUUGAUCCUUCUUGCCAGGGUAAUUAUGGCCAUGACGAGAAGCUUUUCCAUCACAAGAGCUCGAUCCUCGCCAAAGACGGAAAAUGCAUUCCAGACAGACCAGAGGUCAUCAUGGUGGGUAACGGUGAUUUUGAGGCCGGACAUGCUCCUGGUAUGAAGGCCUUUGACCUUGAACACCCCACACACCAUUCAUUCCAUAAGGACGUCCUCAGCCCCGAGGAAGUUGCCGCUGGUCAGACCCGUUUCUACAGAUGGCACAUAGAUUCAGCUCUCUACGGAUUGGCACCACCAAUGGUGACUACUCUGCUCGGAAUCCAGGUUCCACCCACCACUGAGAAACAGACCAUUAAGUACACAGACUCCAACGAGGAAUUUGAGCUUACCAAGGGUGCAACUGCUUUUGCCUCUGGAGCAACGGCCUUUAAGCUUUUGAGCCCCGAGGACCAGGAAUUCGCCCUUAACACGACUGUCGUGUAUGCGCCGCACCCAUACAUCUACAUCUCGGAAACGAAAGCCACAUCGGACGGUUUGACCAUUGUUUCGGAAGGAAAGGAGAAGACGUUUGACCAAUUGCCAGCGUGGGAAGAGGACAAAAUCAAGAAGCUGCCUCUAGUGUGGACGAAUCCUACCACCAAAGAGCCACAUCUCCAGGUGCACGGUUGUUGUGUGUGGAAGCUAAUUAACAACAAGACCGGCGAGGUGAUCGAACUUGAAGAGGCACGCAAGCUGGUACAUAAGUUCAUGAGACCAGCUAUUUCUCCAAAGCACAUCUACGCACACCCUUGGAAGAAGGGUGAUCUAGCAAUCUUCUUCAACAGGGGAGUUUGGCAUACAGUAACUGGUGAGUUUGAUCCUGAGGAAAGGAGACUCAUGCACCAGUGCAACAUUGCCAGUGGUGAAGACCCACUCUGCUUGAAUUAA